AUGCUUGGAAGUGAAUCGAGGGUAUCCGCGGGAAGAAAGACCAAAUCUAUUUCGAAGGGUCUUAAUAGCCACAGGAAGGCGACCGAUGAUGCCUCCAGGCAGGUGUACGGCAGACCCACAGAGGACAAGGCCAAAAUCACCCUCACCAAGACACCCUUUGACCUGCACACAGCCAAAGGGCACGUCGUAGGUUGCCCUCCCCUCCCCUCCCCUCCCCUCCCCUCCGUAUCGUCGCAUCAACACCCUCCGCCCUCCAGUCUAGACGGUCUCGUCUUCAGCAUUUCGACGCGUGUUGCAGAGGGUGCUGAGGUGUGUCUCCGCUGUGAGUACUUCCUUCGACCACAGGCCAACCACUGUUUCACAAUGCUUAUCUCCUUUGUGGAGGAGGUCAGUCCGACCAGGACAGAAGUUGCGGUGGCAGCAUCCACGCGAUUUCGGUACCCUGGCAAUCUUCGGGAAGCUCAUAAAAAGUCUGGUAAAGUGGUGAAUGUAAGCCUCAAUAUUGGUUUUGUGGACCCAUCACCCACCGUCUUUAAUCGACCAAUGGUCUGA